CGACCUUGGACAGAGAUAGGUCUUGAGGCAUAUAAAUCCGCAUACCAUUCUUUUCUUUUCUCUUUUUUUACUUUUUCCUUUUUUCAAUUUCCAAUUUCUCUCUCAUCAUCAAAAAUUUUGGUCCCAAAAAGGCCCAUUGUCAGCGAUACCUUAUACACAAAUAUGGUCGUAACAAUACCAAAAGCCGUGCAGCCAACACAAAUGGUCCGAAAAGACUCGGCCGUGGACCUUGGCAACCCAACACCACUUCCUGUCACUCUUCUCUCUGGCUUCCUCGGUAGCGGCAAGACAACACUCUUACAGCACAUCCUUCGCAGCGAUCAUGGCCUACGCAUUGCGGUCAUUGUCAACGACAUUGGAGCAGUGAACGUCGACGCCAACCUCAUCAACCACCACGUCACACAAACCACCGAAAAAGUCAUCGCUCUCCAGAACGGCUGCAUCUGCUGUACACUCCGCGGCGACCUGCUCGAGGAGCUCGUGCGGCUGUCGGAGCUGCACACAUUUGACUAUGUCAUCGUCGAGAGCAGCGGCAUCAGCGAGCCAGAGCAGGUUGCCGAGACGUUCGACUCCAAGCUGGCCGAGACCAUGGGCGCCAUGGGCGAUGGUAGCGCUGGUGCCGAGGGUGCCCUCGACGAAGCAAUGCAGGCCGUGCUUAGGAAGCUCGCCGAUGCGGGAGGCGUCGGCAGCUUCGCAAGGCUAGAUACAACUGUUACCGUUAUUGAUGCCUUUACUAUCAUGAACGACUUUCACACGGACCAGUUGCUGUCCAGUCGGCGGGGGGAUGUUGGACCUGAAGACGAGCGGACCGUGUCUGAUUUGAUGGUAGAUCAAAUUGAGUUUGCGGAUGUGAUUGUGCUGAACAAGACAGACAUGGUCGACCGUGCUACCAAGCAACGAGUCAUCGACUUGAUCGCCAAGCUCAACCACAGAGCCAAGGUCAUUGAAACCUCCCAUGGCAAGGUGGAUGUCAAGGAGAUUGUCAACACGGGACUGUUUGAUCUUGAGCACGCACAGACUGGCUAUGGCUGGUUGCAAGACCUACAUGAACUUACUUUGCGAGAGGUCAACGGCCGCAAGACCAUCACACCAAAGCCAGAGACGGAGGAGUACAACGUCCGCAACUUUGUAUACCGGCGCCAACGACCCUUCCACCCACUGCGGCUGUACAAACUGUUGUUUGACAAGUUCAUACUGCAGCUUGAGCACCCGGAAGAGGGUGAGAGCGAGGACGAGGAAGAUGAAGAAGAUGAAUGGGAAGAAGAAAAUAGCGAUGAAGAAGACCAAGGAGCAGAAGACGACGUCGACAUGCAAGAUCAACAAGACCAAGAUCCAUCGACAACUGACCCCCUAGACGCACCGUCUAACGAGAUCAUCCUAGCCAAUAAGCGCGCAUCACCACUCUUUGCGCGACUCUUCCGCUCCAAGGGCGAGUUCUUCCUGGCGACGCGCCCGCACCGCGCCGGCGAGUGGUCGCAGGCGGGAGCGAUGCUGACCAUGACGGGCGGGCGGCCUUGGUUCGCCACGCUGCCCGAGUCCGAGUACCUGACCGGCAACGCCGACAUUGACGCGCUCGUGAUGCACGACCUGAAAUCAGGCGGCGAGUGGGGAGACAGGAGGCAGGAGCUGGUGUUUAUAGGAGAGAAACUAAAUAUCCCAGGGCUGGAGAAGGUGUUGGACGAGUGUUUGUUGACGGAUGAGGAGUGGAAGAGGUGGCAGAAGGUUAUGCGGAGUGGGGUUUUGAGUUCACAGGGCAAGAUGGAGAGGUUGGCGCGGAUGUUUGAUGAUGGGUUUCCGGACUGGCCUGAGGAUGAGGGUCAUGAGGGGCAUGGGCACUGAUGAGUGGAUGAUGGGCAACGAAAAUUUCCUGGGUUUUGAUAUUGAAAGUAAAUGUACACCUAAAAGUUAUAUCUCUGUUAACCAAUUCUGU